CUCGUGCACCACGGAAUUCACGAGGACAAGAGAAAAGAGAACGCGGUCGAGGUGGCGGCGCUUUUGAAUCGCGUCGACGCGAUUUCUCGCGUGCAAACAAGCGCGAAUCGUCCAGUGCGUCCCCGUUCCGUCCAGCCGAACCCUCACCUCUCAUCCAUCCCGACCCGUCAAUUGCAAACCUCCAGCCGAACGAAAAAUCCGCAACAGUCUCCCCGAAUCCGGCGAAUCCGAAGCGCGCAACAGUCAAAGGAGUACUCGAUGAUGUCGCGAGAAUCGCGCAUCGACCGCGAUCCGAUCAUAAAAACGAUCAAGGACAACCUCCUCAGAUGGACCUGCGAGCGGCACGCCGCCGACUGCCCCCUCGACAGACAUCUUCUACGUGACAAAGCCUUGGAAUUGGCUGGCGAAUACGGACUGACCGGCUUCAAAUGCUCCGACAGAUGGCUGAUGUGUUUCUUGAGGAAGCACGGCUUUUCCCUCGACCCGAACGACUCGUCCGGGCCGAUCUUCGACAACUACCGAUUCUGGAUCGACGCGAUACGCUCCGUUAUCAUGCAGUACAAGCACGAAGACCUCUUCCAUUUGGACGAAUUAAUCAUGUACUCCGACGUGUCGCCCGCGGGGGUCUCGGCAGCGAUGUGUCACGCGGCGCGCCAGGACGCGCCCCUGAAGAGAACGACGGUGCUGAUGUGCUGUAACGCCGCCGGCACCGAGAAGUCACCGCUCUUAAUCUGCGGCACUUAUCCCACCGUGUUAAUAGGCGAAGACCACGUGUACACUCACAGUGAGGACGCUUCGAUCAGCGACGACCUCUUCAGGGAGUGGCUGAGCCGGCUGAACGAUCAUAUGUCGCGCGGUGAACGGAAGAUCCUGCUGCUGUUGCACAGGGAUCGGGUGAGCGCCUUCCGAGGAUUCGAGCUGAGCAACGUCCGACACAUCUUCUUCCCAGAGAACUUCCCGCCGCUGCUGAGGCCCUUAAAGAGAGACGUUUUCCACUUCGUCAAGAUGAUCUACCGUAGCAAGUAUGUGGAGGGGAUCAAGAAGCACGGGCACGGGUGGAACGUCGAGAACGUGGUGGAAAGCUUGCUGGAAGCCUGGCGGAAGGUUCCGCGCACGCUCAUUAUCGCCAGUUUCCAGCGGACAAGCUUCAGAACCGACGAUUGCUUCCUGGAAAUCCAUUGUGACGCGUGGGAGGAGCUAGAGGCCGGUAUGUCCUUCGAGAGAUUCGUCACGUUCGACGACGAUCUUUCGACGUCGCGAGAAGAGCGCCGGUCUUCUGGUCACAAUUACAACUUGAGAGCCAGAGAAGACGUCAUUCUAAUCGACGAUAAACUCGACUCGGGGAGAAAGCUUCCAGUCGAAAGAAUCCACGACGAGUCACAGGCGGACGGAGACUCGAGGAGGAUUCACGGGAAAGCGGACGUUCAUCGGAAGAAAGGAAGAAGCUCGUUGAAGAGAUCGCGCGACGAAGUUCAAUCGAACGAAGACCAACGCGAUGCGACGAGUAACACGAAAUCGGGCGAUGACAAUGCGAUCGCCAUUCUUACUCCGGAGUCGAAGAGCAACGAACAAGAGGUUACUCUCGCUCCGUCUCCAGCGAAACGUCCGAGGAUAAUCAGCAUCGAAACGUUCCACGUGGCGAAGAAACGGCGAAUGGACUCAGCACCGGCGAGCACUCAGAGCACCGUCGUCUCCGAAGACUUCGGCCCGACUACAUCGAGAAUGAACGCAGAUCACGUUCCUCAGUUACUCAACGUGAUGGACCACCAGGAGCUGAGAAGUAGAAACAUUGAGACUUCGAACGGCGGCAAACAGCGAUCGAUGGAGGAGUUCUCGCAGCGAGUCGAUGGCUCGAACACAAGCAAUCUCGCGCCGCAACAAGUGUUUGACGACAUUUCCGCUGCUGAUUCAGCUACGGGAAAGCUGAAUACGUCGGUGGUUUCCGGAGUCAGCCCGAGAAUAGAGACUGAGUUGAGCGAUACUACGCCAGCGGCGAGCGAGAAUCAGGACCAUUCCUCGCGGCCAUCUUCGAAGAGAAGACGAUCGUGUUCCGUCGAAGAGCCGCAGGAUCAUCGUGAUGACGGUGAACCGGACAGGAAAAAGUCCAGGCCCGAUCCCGAUUGGGCGAAGCAGUACGAGACGACGUUCGUUUUCGGCUCGCCCGACGUCGCAAGAACUGUAUCCACUGCGGCCGCCGAAGACGCGCAGCAGCCAAAGCCGAGGCGACCGUGCGAGACGCAAAAGAGUGUCUUCACCAUAAGACCCAGGAAGGAUUAAAGAAGGGAUCCGAACCGAUCGUAGACCAGAUCGCGGUGUAGAUCGUCGAGCAAGUCCUUCCAACGGGAGUCUAACCGGAGAGGAUUCAAUCUUCGCGGAAGAAUACGCGAAAUUGAUGAUACCGCGAAGACGUUCGAUCGUUGUGUGCGAUAAAUAAGUUUCCAAAGUGACACGAAGCUGUGCAAGACUGUCGUUGUAAAUCUUUCAUGCAAUACCUCCUCCCUUCUCCACCGACUCAUUAAUCAAUCAACGCACUCAUGUAGAUUAUUCAUGAAUUAUGAUUGGUAACGGGGUGAUCUCGGUGUCGAUUAUUGAGAAAAGCUUGAUGGAAAGAGAGAAAGGAGAAAUCCAAGCAAAAGACAUUCGCAUCCAGCAAAUUGCGGACACAGAUUUGCAACCCGAUGUUCUUCGCACGGCACCUCGCAGUCUCUCGAGAUAUCAGCCGGAGGCGCGCCGGGCGAGCAACACGAAACUUGACUUACGGUCUAAGCGAAGGUUAAUAGUUUUCCCGGUAAUUCGCAAAAUCGUCCCGCUCGGCGGAAAAUUACGUCGUUCGUCCCGGAAUCAUCAAUUCCAGCUGGAAGCUCUAUCGCACGUUUCCGCCGGAUUUCUUCUCUUCUCUCCCCACCCCCUCCCUCCUCCCACCACCAACCCCAUCGCAAACCAUCCUCUCUCCGCUCUCCUUUCCGUCAGCCGGAUGCAAUUUCUCCGGGUCGUCGUUUCCGCGACGGGGGCGAAACAAAGUUGCGGCCCUCCCGCUCGUAAGGGAGAAGUGGAUCCGUAACAGGUUCCGAAGGAACGAUUCCCGGACGGCCCUUGAAUAAUGCGACUUGUAUAUCGCGCCGGCGUCUCGUCGUAUGUGAGUGAUGCUAAAGGAUUUAUAGCGUGUCGCCACAGGCCUGUAAUAAUUCACAGUCGGCGCCGCGCCGGAGGAAUCUGACGUUAGAGCGAUACUUUGAAUUAUCUCGGUAGAUGAGGGAAG